CAGUGUUAUAGCUAUCGUGUAUAAGAUUCUUAUAUUAGACGCAAAAUUUUUAGUGAUAGAUAUAUAAUAUAAAAUAGCUGUUUCUUAAAUUUAUUGCAGUUUAUGGCUACAGAUCGGGUUUCAUACAGCAAAUCAAUUUUUAUUGUAUUCAUAAUCCUCGCUUUAAACGUUAUUAUCUCGGUGUACAUACAUCAAUCAUUCCGGCAAACUAUUUUAAUUGCUCCAAAAAGUGAAGAAGACAAAAAACUCCCGGAGGUUUUUAGUGCAGUAAUAUACAAAUCUGGAUACGAAAACGGUCCUCUUUUGCAGAAAUGCGAGGAGUUCCAGAACUACGCCGAUUAUCAUGGCUACAGUUCGUCAGUAUGCCGUAGUGGCCUAGGAAACGAGUUAGGACUCCUGGCAUUCGGCUUCGCUGUCCAUCUGCAGUUUGGAAUCAAACUUAUGUUGAGCACUCGCCAGCAAGAAAUUUUAUCUCCAGUCUUCAAUGUCAGUAGACUGUGCCGAAAUAAUGAUGGAUCCGCAUUUUGCAUGAGUCUGCCGAAAGAUUGCAAUCUUGAGAAACCAACAGAUCCAGGUCGGUAUGUGGAACCAUCGGUGAAAGAGAUCUGGAAAAAAGGAGUCCAGGCCUACGGAGAAGUGCCAGAUGACAUGAAAGGAAAGCGGGCUCAACUUCCUCAUUGGCCCACUUUUCUACCAUUCUUCGUUAACGCUCAUUUUGCCGAAUUCCGUUCUCGAAUUUUCUUCAACGAAGACGUGUGGAAUGAUGCGAGAUUGAUCUUUAAGAAAUUGAAUGAAGUGAACAAUUGUUCAAUAGAGACCAAUUGUUCCGUUGUGUAUGUCCACAUGCGAAUGCAGGUCACUUGCGGGGUCACAAAUGGGGACCCGAAGUCUUCUUUUCGACAAACUAUAUGCAGGAAGCCUUCAAGAAUGUGUCCAACACGUACAACAACCCAGUGUUCUACGUUGUUGGCCACACAGACUCAGAUGUAGCCAAUUUCUUACGUUCGCACAAAAAGGACUUCGAUUCUUACAAGGUUGUCGUUGUUGCCCCAUUUGAGACAAAAAUGCUGAAGAGAAAGACAUAUGAAGGUGUAGAAAUGGCUUUAAUAGCAAUGAGCGAUGUAGUGAUUUUAUCCUACGGAACGUACGGAGAUUUUGGAGCUCUACUGGGAAAAGACAAAAAACAAGUUCUGUACCCAAAAUCACACAAAGCGCACGACGAAACAGGAGUCAAUCAAGGCUUGCCUAGAUUUAUGCCCAUAUCAUGGAAGAAAACAAAAUGAGAUAAUGUUUUUUUUUCAAAUCGUUUACAGCAAUAAUAGCCUAGCAUACAAUUAUCCGGGUCAGGGUCUGCAAAUUAUG